AUGUCGCGCGCUACUAGCGUAGCCAGCAAGGUUGCCAAAGAAUCUGCCACGCCUACAGCAGAUAGAUCCAAGCAACAGUAUCUUCGCUUCGUUUACGAACCUUUCCCGAAACCAAUCAACUGCACGACCCACACCAUAACGAAAGACAUCGCAGCGGAGCCGUGGCAUCCGUUGCAUAUCCGCAUACAGCGGAAGUUGGCAGACUUCGACCCGAAGCGUCUGCACUGGCGUGUUGUUUGUCCCAGUGACGUCUCGAAGAAAAGCUUCAUCCGCCAUUGGGCGGCCAAGAGGGUGCGGUUCGCUGUUGCCGCAAGGCUGGACGAUCUUAGUGGGACUAGGGUCGACAACGAACAGAACAACCGCGAUAGCUCCAAUGAGAGCAAGCUGUCAACAGCUAGCGGCAGAGAUCCUGAUACAAGGGGCGGCGGGGACGCUGCUCUGCGAACUAUGAACCCUUCUAGAGCUGGGCAGCGAAACGGUGACCUUACUGGAGCCCUCUUGAUCAUCUUACCCAAAGACCCUAAGCUUGCUUUGACAGCUGACGGGCAAGAAAUAGAGAGGAGCGUGACGCAUAUGCUGCGUCAGGUGCAAGCGAAGUGGAUGCAAGUCUCUCGGCGCGCGCGAUGA